CCGCAUGUACAUAUGGCGACGUUCAGCCUCAUGCGCUGCAGAGCACGACCACUGGCGCGCACGACUCGACGCGACUGAGCGCAACUCGCGGUGGGAAAGGCACUGCGGCACUUGGCGUAGGCUUUUACGAUUUCUCGGAUGCUAAUUUGGGAAAUGCUAGGGUUCAGACCAUCCUGUGAAGUGACAUGCCUACACCUACCUAGGUAGUGACAUGCACCUAGUGACAUGUACCUAGUGACAUACACCUAGUUUGCACCGCCACGUACAGCCAGGUCCGCUAGCCAUCUGCACCCGGUAAUUGCAAAAGACGAGGUAAAGUAAUAGACAGUGGCAUGACUUGUGCUCUGCCCUCGUGUAUAUAAGGGUGAUGGUAGCUUUGGGCUCGUAGUACCGGUAUCCUUCACGACUCCAUCAGCCACGCUCGUCGCCUCAAUUCGAGCAUUUACUCCAACGUCCCACCAUGCGCUCCCUUUCGUACUCUUCCGUGAUGGGCUGCGCCAUGCUCCACGGCGCCUUCACCUACGCAGCGACACCUGAUACGAGUAGUUCCUGCGAAGCCGUUACAGUCACUGAAACUGUGACUGCCACUGGCGAUCCAGUACCAACGACAUCUCCUCCGACUCCCUCGCCAGCGCCAUGCCGCCCGUCCUGGGACUCCACCGCAAAGGCCCCUUCCACCGGCCGUCUCCGCGCUGGUCUCAUCUUCGUCGACUUCAGCGACACACCCGCCUCCGCCUCCGGCCAGACGCCCUCCGAGCUCUUCGAGCCGCUGCGCGAGCAACCCGCAGACUUGUACCGCGACAUGUCGUUUGGCAACCUCGAAUUCGAAAUCGUGCCCCUCCUCGACACCUUCUACCGGAUGCCCAACAUCUCCGCGGCGUACGGCUUCGCCGACGACGAGGGCCUUACUGCCGAGGAGCAUGGCCGGUACAUCGCUGAUGCCCUCGCCAUCGUCGGCGACGCAUUCGACUUCGCAAGCGUCGAUGUCCUCUUCAUUGCGCCGCCCAAGGACACCGACGAAAUCAACCGUUCGGCGCAGUACAACUCGCCCGUCACCGCCCCCGGCGGCCGCGAGUUCGCCGCGGGCACCGUCAUUACGUUCGGCACCGAUUUGUACCCCGAGGGCGCAUGGAAGACGAUCAACCACGAGACGGGCCAUGCGAUGGGCUUGCCGGACUUGUAUCCCUACGGCGCCGGUGGCAAUGGCCUCUGGGUCGGCGGGUUCGACAUGAUGGGCAUUGUGUGGGGCCAGUCGCCCGACUUAUUCGCAUGGCACAAGUGGCACCUGAACUGGAUUGAAGAGAGCCAGGUAGACUGCGUCACCGAGGCCGGGACGAGCAUUCACCAACUGGCUCCGAUUGAAGUGGAGGGCGGCGUCAAGGCGGUCGCUAUCCCCGUGAAUGCGACGGGCUAUGUCAUGGCUGAGGUGCGCUCGACGCAGGGUAUUGAUCAUGCGGCGUGCGAAGCGGCAACGGGCGUGCUUCUGUACACAGCGGAUGCGGCGGUGGGAAGUGGCGAUGGUCCGGUUAGAGUCAUCGACGCGAAUCCUGGGAGCGAGGGUUGCGACAGUGAGGCGAACGGUGCGGUUUUGAACGAUGCGCCGCUACGUGGAGUUGGUGCGACGUUUGAUACGGAGAUGGGCGUGAAGGUGACGAUUCUUAGCCAGAGUGGGGAUGAUUAUAUCAUUCAGGUUGAGAGAGAAGUCUUGCCAUAGUUAGAAUCUAGCUCUUACAAGCGCUG